UAUGCUCUCUAGUAGUUGUAACUCUCCAACCACCAAUUCUAAAUGGCUUCUCCAUCAUCAUCAUCAUCAUCAAUAGUUCUUAGGAACCCAAGAUUCUUCGUUUCUUCUCCUCACAACAUCUUCAAAACCCAAGCUCAUACCGUAAUCUUGAAAACAAAGUUCAAGACAGCUUCCAUCAUUUGCUCGUCUUCAUGUACAAGCACAAGCUCUUCAACGACUCAAGAGAAGCUACCAAAGAAGCAAACCCAUGUGCUAGACGACAAACUAGAAGAAAAGGAAGAAGAAGAAGAAGAGGAAGAAGAAGAAGGGGAAGAAGUUGGUCUUCGAGAUAUUUGGAGAGAAGUUGAAGGUUGCAAUAAUUGGGAAGGACUACUAGAUCCAAUGAACAAUCAUCUUCGAAGAGAGAUCAUACGUUAUGGCGAAUUUGCUCAAGCUUGCUAUGACUCCUUCGACUUCGAUCCUCACUCUAAAUAUUGUGGCUCUUGCAAAUACCAUCCUUCUGAUUUCUUCUCAAACCUUGACUUACAUCUCCACAAAGGCUACACUAUAACACGUUACCUCUACGCAACAUCCAACAUCAACCUCCCAAACUUCUUCCAGAAAUCAAAACUCAGCUCCAUUUGGAGCCAACACGCGAACUGGAUGGGUUAUGUUGCUGUAGCUACGGACGAAGAAGAGGUGAGACGACUUGGGAGACGUGAUAUAGUCAUCGCUUGGAGAGGCACAGUCACUUAUCUCGAAUGGAUUUAUGACUUAAAAGAUAUUCUUUGUUCAGCUAACUUCGGUGACGACCCAUUGAUCAAGAUUGAACUAGGUUUUCAUGACUUGUACACCAAGAAAGAAUAUUCUUGCAAAUUCUCUUCAUUUUCGGCUCGGGAACAGGUUCUGGCCGAAGUCAAACGGCUUCUUGAGUAUUACGGUACCGGAGAAGAAGGCAAUGAGAUAAGCAUCACCGUGACAGGGCACAGCCUUGGUGCAUCUCUUGCUUUGGUCAGUGCUUAUGAUAUAGCAGAGCUUAAAUUGAAUCACUUACCGGAGAACAAUUAUAAAGUUCCAAUUACUGUAUUCUCUUUCUCGGGACCACGAGUAGGUAACUUGAGGUUCAAGGAAAGAUGUGAUGAACUAGGGGUUAAAGUUUUGAGAGUGAUUAAUGUGCACGACAAGGUACCUUAUGUUCCAGGUAUAUUCGCAAACGAGAAAUUUCAGUUUCAGAAGUAUGUAGAAGAAAAAACAUCAUUCCCAUGGAGCUACGCGCACGUAGGCGUCGAGCUUGCCUUGGAUCACAAGAAAAGCCCGUUUCUGAAACAGACUAAGGAUUUGGGUUGUGCUCAUAACCUAGAGGCUUUGCUUCAUUUGGUGGAUGGAUAUCAUGGAAAAAAAGAAGCAGAGACUAUGUUUUGUUCGGCGACAAAGAGAGAUAUAGCUUUAGUGAAUAAGAGUUGUGAUUUCUUGAGAAGUGAGUACCACGUGCCGCCUUGUUGGAGACAAGACGAGAACAAAGGGAUGGUCAAGAGCAGCGACGGACGGUGGAUUGUACAGGACCGACCACAGCUCGAGCCUCACAGGCCAGAGGAUAUCGCUCAUCAUCUUCAAGAAGUUCUUGGGAAGUUUAAUGAAUAUGAUUUUAAACCCAAAAUGACUUAAGUCUAAAUCAAAAUAAUUAAAUAAAAAGACUUAAUAAUAUGUGGGUCAAGUGUAGUAAAUUGUGUGUGUUUAGUGUUUGGCUACGGCUUUAAUGAAUUCUCUGUCAUUUAAAAAAUAUGAUUAUUAGCUUGAAUAUAUGGUUUAGAAGGGAACCAAUUUCAUA